AAAAAUCUUUAACGAGGCCUACACACGUGGUCCGCAUUUAGCCGCAUCAAAGUCAUGUGGCUCAUCUGGCCCGUGCGUGGGAAGAUGUGGCUGCGAGGAGCGUGCCCACCAUCAAAAAGCCUGACCUCCAGGUCACUCCUCGGUCACUCCCCUCUCUCGUGAUCUGCGCGCCGAGUGCUAAUUGCUGCCCCCCUCUGCCUCAAUUGCUCUCAUCGGCUGUGUACUUGCCAACAUCCCCAGAGUCAAAGCCUCAUUGACUUUGUAAAUACUUAUCUUGGUUCCCACCAACCCUCUGCCGGAGACCAGUUGACUCUGUCGGUGUCUUGAGGCCCCCAGAUCAUCUCCCAGACUACGCACGCCACUCUUCACCCCUCCAGACGAUUACACACAUGGCUUCCGGAGCGCCCGACGCCACCGCCAUCCCCCUGCCCCGGUAGCACCCACUGCCGGUGCCCCCAAUCUUGCUGGCCUGGACCUCUCCCAGAUUCAAGGGAGCGGACUUGAUCCCAACCAGCUCAUGAACUUAUUAAGACAUCUACCGAACGUCCUGACCAAGUCACUCGCAGACGGCAACCUCAACAAAGAAGAUGCCGCACAAACGCUUUCCAAUCUCUCCGGGCAGUUCCGCGACCCGGGUCCCUCUUCACAUCCACACGGUCCCCCAGCUCUCGGCCACUUGCCACCCGCCCACCUCGGCAUGCUCGGGACAGGCGGCAUGCCCAAUCCGCCACCGACUGCGCCGGAGGGCGACGACGAAGGCGACGAGGACGACUAUGUGGACAAGGACGGUGGACUGACGGACUCUGGACGCAAACCAUCGAGCGGAAAGGGGCGCGGCCGAGGUGGUGCUGCUAUGGGCAGCGACGAGUGGACUCGUCAGCGCAAAGAUAACCACAAAGAAGUUGAGCGUAGGCGGCGCAGCAACAUCAACGAAGGAAUCAACGAGCUCGGCCGCAUCGUUCCCAACGGCUCUGGGGAGAAGGCCAAGGGGGCCAUCCUGUCUCGUGCAGUGCAAUACAUCCACCAUCUCAAAGAGAACGAGGCCCGCAAUAUCGAAAAGUGGACGCUCGAAAAGCUCUUGAUGGACCAGGCCAUGGGCGAUCUGCAAGUCCAGCUGGACGAGAUCCGCCGAAUGUGGGACGAAGAGCGGAUGAACCGGCAGCGGGUCGAGCAGGAGCUCGAAGCUCUUCGUGGCGGAAAGGCGGUCCCAGGUUCGGGCUCAGAGAAGCGCAGUAGCCCCGAUGGUGUCGAUGCGGACGGGGCCGAUAAGCGGCCUCGCACCGAAUAAGUCUCAUGCCUUGUGACGAAUGUCUUUUUUUUGUUUAUGAAGGUGUACAAGUAGCACAGCGUUGUACUUUCCUGUAACGACCAAUCACUUUUCUUGCAUCUACGUUUUCUCGAAUUUCAUGCACAAUGGUUUC